GUCUUCAACAACAAUCAAAAAUGUUAAAAUUAUAUUUGGCAUCAAUUUUUUUCUUAUUGAAGAUAUUAAUUGUCGAUAGUGUAUUAGUUGUUGAUUCUGUUUUCGUUGUUCUUCGACAUGGUGAUCGUAAUCCAUUAUAUGUUUAUCCGUAUGAUAAAUAUAAUAGAGAGUAUUGGAAGCAGCGUGGUGGUUUAGGGAAUUUGAUCGAAAAAGGUGAAAAUCGUAUCCGUGUGGCAGCAAAAAAUUAUCGCCAACAAUAUGAAAUGUUACUUAACGAAACUGAUGGAUCAAGCGAUCAAGUUAUUACUUCGACUAUUGAACGUGCUAAGAAAACGGCUGAUAUAUUCAUGGAAGUAAUCAACAAAAAGGCAAAAUUUGAACGUAAUGAUAAAAUGUUAAAUACAGAUGCUGAAUGUAAAAAAUCUAAAAAAAUUCGAGAGAAUUUAUUGAUACAAAAUGCAACAGAAUUAAUGCCCAACAAUACUUUCAUUGAUAAUCUUCGCAACAAAACUGGCGAAAAAUAUAAUGGAGAUACAUUAGAAAAUUUACUGUUAUUAAUGGGUUUGGCAGAUACAUUAAAGAUUGAACGAGAUCAAAUGAAAUUAAAUGUAUCCGAAUGGAUCACCGAUAAAGAAACAGCCAAUAUCCUGUCAGAGUUGGAGAAGAAAAGUUUCUCAACGAUGAUGAAUGAUCAUGAAAUUCAACGUUUGCGUGCUGGUUUAUUAUUGAAAAAUAUUCGUGAUCAGAUCGAAAAAAAAUCAAGUCAACGAUUCUUUCUAUAUUCAACGCAUGAUUACAAUCAAAUUGUAUUGUUGCAAGCAUUGAAUCUAUAUGAUCAACUAGACCAAAACAAUAAGGUGCCACCAACAUACGUCAGUGGUGUUGUGUUUGAAGUUUAUCGUAAUGAAAGUGGUGAACAACAAAAUAAAUGGAUUCGUUUUAUUUAUCGUCAAUUCUUAGACAAUGAAAAUGGUACCAUAACUAAAGUUGAUACUCAAAUGGUUCCAGAAUUAUGUCAAACAGAAUUACAAUUUCAUGAUGGAACAGCUAUAAAUACCCAAAAAUUUUGCACUUGGGAACAAUUUAGCGGUGAAUUAGUGAAAAAUCUAAUACCAGAAAAUUGGGAUAAAGAAUGUAUGAAUUCGGCAGCUAUUAAGCCAAUGGUAACAUUCAUGGUAUUCAUCAUUACUAUAUUGACAAGUUAUUUUUCAAUACAUUAAAUUUGAAUGUUUUAAAUUCUUUCUCAUCAGCAUUAUUUUCAUAUUCCACACAAUUUUGAUGAUUAAUAAUUAUUUAUCAAU